AUGGCUGGUGAUUGGAAUGCAAGGAACACCGACUGGGGGGACAAAAAUAUAAAUGAAAGAGGCGUUCUCCUAUACAACUGGGUGGAAGAUGCUGGAAUACUAAAUAAAACAACAUUGUACACCCCGAACAAGCCAACCUUCCCUAGUGCUGGUUCGUUUCUAGACCACUGUCUAGCUGACUCUAGAAUCACACUCAGAGGACUAAUAAAUGGAAAAUUGAUCACUCUCCCAUAUGAUAGUGAUCACAAUGCUAUCAGUUUCAAAAUAGAUUGCAAUAAUUUUUUAAAAGGGAUCUCAAGUAUAACACCAACACCUGUAAGAUAUAAUUACAAAAAAGCCAAUUGGACUAGGUUUGCUGAUCACUUAGAAAAUAAUAUUACCGAACACCUACCUCAUGACAGAAAUUUAACAAUAAACGAAAUAGACACCAAUAUACUAAAACUGGAAAAUUACAUACAAGAUGCGAUCUCUACAACAAUUCCCAUAGUUAAAGACAAUACCAAAAAGGGCUGCCAGAAGUACGUCAAUCACAAAAUCAUUAAGCUACAUAGGUAUAAAUCAGCGCUGGUAGCUGAAUUGUUCAAAAAUAAGGAUAAUAAAGAACAAGUUAAAACAGUAAUAAAAAUGGUUAACAAACAGCUGAUUACCGAAUUUAGAAACGCUGAAACAGCACUCUGGGAAAGUUUGGCCAAAAAUAUCAACUAUAGAGACUCAUCUAAGUUCUUUCCAAACAUCAAUAGACAUUUUAGAUACAAAGAGCCGCCACGUAUCGAUACAUUAAAAAUCAACAAAAAUAGUCCAUUAAUCUCAGAACUCACGCUGAAUAACACCAGUCUAGCAGUAGAUAAUAAUAAUAAUUACAUCAUUGAUCAGCCAACCACAAAACUGAACAUCAUAGGUAAUUAUUUUGAAACCAUCAACUCACCACGAUAUACAAACAUUGGCACACCGACUAAACACCUGGCUGAUUUAGCAGCUGAAGACAUAAAAACAAGAAUAGAUAGUCUCAGAAGAUUCAAUAACACACACACCAAUUUUUCAAAAACAAAUCCAGCUCAUUAUCCAACACUGAACCAGGACACAUCAAAUUACUUACAUACAUAUAUACAAGUAGCCCUCACUCUGAAGACAGCUAAAAAUAAAACCUCAUCCGGCAUAGAUAAUAUCCCGAUGAUAGUUCUGAAACAUCUACCAACCUCAGUUGUUAAAGAUUACACCAUAAUCCUUAACAACUGUUUCAACCAUUCCUACUAUCCUACCCGAUGGAAGAAAGCUAAGGUCAUACCAAUAAAGAAAAAAGAUAAAGAUCACUCCAAACCAGCGAGCUAUAGGCCAAUUAGUCUUACUGUUAACAUUAGUAAAAUCUUCGAGAAAUUAAUCAAGACCCAGCUCAUGACUCACGUUAAUAAUAACAACAUUCUUCCAGAUCAGCAAUAUGGAUUCAGAGCAAGACACUCCACUGUCCAUGCAAUAAAUAAAUUCGCAUCUGACAUAAAUAGACAUCUGUUAAACGGUAAACUAGUUGGCACUGCACUUAUAGAUCUGGAAAAGGCAUUCGAUUCUGUCUGGCUGAAUGGCCUUAUUUACGUGCUAAUUCAAAUGAAUUUUCCCGUGUCUCUAAUUCUGCUGAUCUACGAUAUGAUCCACGGUAAAUCUUUCAUCGUUUGGGAUGGUACCAACAUAUCAACACUCACAUUUAAUAUACUAGAGGGUCUUCAGCAAGGAACCGUAACCUCGCCAAUACUUUUCAUCAUAUACACUAGUAAAAUUCUUAAUAAAUUUGGUCUAAAUUCAAAUAAUAACACUCAUAGUGGAGCCUAUGCAGAUGAUGAAGUAGUAUACGUGGCGGACAAUAAGAUAACAACAAUUCAGGAUAAACUAACAAAAAUAGUUAAUGAUAAAUAUCACUGUUAUAAAUUAUGGAACCUGAAAAUGAACCCAGAUAAGAGCGAGACAAUUUUAUUCAGAAAGACUGUGAAUGAGAUAUCGCCUCUCACAGUCCCACUAAUCAAGACAUUCCAGAUCACUAUUACGGACAAAGACUCAGGCGAAAUAUUCAACAUACCAAAUAAAGACACGGUCAAAUAUCUGGGAAUCCAUUUUGACUACCUGAUACGAAUGAACAAACAUCACGCUAUCCAGCUGAAAAAAGCUAAAAACGCAUUCAGAGCAAAUUCCCGGAUAUUCUACAACAGAAACAUACAAACUAAAGCUAAGUUGAUAUGCUAUCAACUUCUAGUCAGGCCUAUCUUCAGUUAUGCGGCCCCAAUUUGGUGGAAUGUUGGCCCAUCGGUCAUGGAGAAGUAUCGCAGAUUCGAGAGAUCCUGCCUAAAAACCUGCUUAGGUAAAUACAGGUCAGCCGAAUCCAAUUACAUCAAGCGACUCAGCAACAGUGAAAUAUAUGAUCAAGCAGACAUCACCAGGUUCGAUUGCUUCUGCCUUACUCUCACAAGAAACUACUUUAGUACCAUAUACGAAAUCGGUAACGACGCAAUCAACAAGCUGAAGGUGGAGAACCCCGAGCUGGCGAGAAGGAUGGCUGGUAGUAAUUAUAGUCCACCAGAGCUAUUCACCAAUCUUGACCGUAUGGGAUGCAUACAAAACGAAUAUAAUGUGCCUAUUAUUUAUCACAUAAGAAGGCACUGUGCAAGGAAAGCUAUAUACACAGAUAUGGACCACAUACCACCAGAGUCCAUAGUAUAUUCAACAGCACUUCCGACUAGAGACCGCGAUAGCCUUGACAGGCUAAGCGAAAAAUACUGGUGGCUUCAGGGCGAAGCUAAACAGCUAGAUGAAUUAAGAAGAAGAGCCAGACUCAAGAAGCAGCAAAACGAACAACAACAAAGAGCACGACCGCGCUUAAAUAGCCAAAGAUUAAAUAGGCAGUAA